GCGGUGGAGGCGGCGGCCGAGGGCUGCUGGAGCCGAGCAAGGAGGAGCCAGGGCGGGGGAAGCGGCGCUCGGGUGGGUGGCCAGCCGGGGAGCGCAGCGCCCGUGCCGACCCCCAUGAGAGGGGGGGUUCUUGCCCCUCCCGGAUCCCUCAGCCUCCCGGCCGGGCUGAGCACUCAGCGCCCCCUCCCCUCGAUUAGUCCCGGCCCCAGACCCGCCUCCCUCCCCUCCCUGGCGGCAGCGUCCAGGUGCGGAGUUCAAACCAGAGCGCAAUGGCGUCCAAUACGGCGGAGAGAGAGAUUCUCCUCACCGACCUCCAGGGGGAUGCCCGAAGUCUUCUAGUCUCGGAAAAUGUAAGCAUUGGCCAAAAAUUGGACUUCUCAGACACAAUGGUACAACAGAAGUUGGAUGAAAUAAAGGACCAAAUAAAACGUGAAAUAAGGAAGGAACUUAAAAUCAAGGAAGGAGCAGAGAACCUGAGAAAGGUCACAACAGAUAAAAAAAACUUGGCUUACGUGGACAACAUUUUGAAAAAAUCAAACAAGAAAUUGGAAGAAUUGCAUCAUAAAUUGCAGGAAUUAAAUGCGCACAUUGUUGUAACAGAUCCAGAAGAUGUUACAGAGUGUCCCAGAACACCAGAUACUCCAAACAGUGACCCUCGUUUUUCUACUAACAACAGAUUGAUGGUCUUAAAAAAGCAAUUGGAUAUAGAACUGAAGGUAAAGCAGGGAGCAGAGAAUAUGAUACAAAUGUAUUCAAAUGGCUCUUCAAAGGAUCGAAAACUUCUUGCUACAGCUCAACAGAUGCUCCAGGACAGCAAGACGAAAAUAGAAGUCAUAAGGAUGCAGAUUCUUCAGGCAGUCCAGACCAAUGAAUUGGCUUUUGAUAAUGCAAAACCUGUGAUAAGCCCUCUUGAGCUUCGAAUGGAAGAACUGCGGCAUCAUUUUAGGAUAGAGUAUGCAGUAGCAGAAGGUGCAAAGAACGUGAUGAAAUUGCUUGGCUCUGGAAAAGUUACCGACAGAAAAGCACUUUCAGAAGCUCAAGCAAGAUUUAAUGAAUCAAGCCAGAAGCUGGACCUCUUAAAGUAUUCAUUAGAACAAAGACUGAAUGAACUUCCUAAAAACCAUCCCAAAAGCAGUAUUAUUAUAGAGGAGCUUUCAUUGGUCUCUUCACCAACACUAAGUCCACGUCAAAGUAUAAUAUCUACACAGAACCAGUAUAGUACACUAUCCAAACCAGCAGCUUUAACAGGUACUUUAGAAGUAAGGCUCAUGGGUUGCCAAGAUAUUCUGGAAAACGUCCCUGGUCGAUCAAAAGCUUCGUCAAUUACUCUACCUGGCUGGAGUCCAAGUGAAGCCAGAUCGUCUUUCAUGAGCAGAACAAGCAAAAAUGAAAUCUGUGCUGUAUUGAAGCUGGACAAUACUGUGGUUGGUCAAACUAGCUGGAAGCCUAUUUCCAAUCAGUCAUGGGAUCAGAAGUUUACACUGGAACUAGACAGGUCACGUGAACUAGAAAUUUCAGUUUAUUGGCGUGAUUGGAGGUCUCUGUGCGCCGUGAAGUUUCUGAGAUUAGAAGAUUUCUUAGACAACCAGCGACAUGGCAUGUGUCUCUAUCUUGAACCACAGGGUACUCUAUUUGCAGAGGUUACAUUUUUUAAUCCAGUUAUUGAAAGAAGACCAAAACUCCAGAGACAGAAGAAAAUUUUUUCAAAACAACAAGGCAAAACAUUUCUCAGAGCUCCUCAAAUGAAUAUUAAUAUUGCCACUUGGGGAAGGCUGGUGAGAAGGGCUGUUCCUACAGUAAAUCAUUCUGGUACCUUCAGCCCUCAAGCUUCUGUGCCUGCUACAGUGCCAGUGGUUGAUACAUGCAUUCCUGAACUAGCACGGUCAGCUAGUGACUCGCCUGUAGCCAAACUGGACUUUGAACCUGAACCUCCGCCUGCUCCACCCCGUGCAUCGUCCCUUGGAGAAAUAUGUGACUCUUCAUCUGAGAAAAAGGGACCAGAUACACCCAUUCAGGUUGCAGAAGCUACUUUUGAUUUUGAAAAUGAGAGAGAUAGUAGUGUUUCAAAACUCCAAGCUGAAAUAAUUUGUGACCCUGAAAUUCCACACACAGACGUAAAGAGUACCAACAUACGAGAGCCUGAAGAGAGAAGAACACAAAGAUUUCAGUUUAGUCUGCAAGACUUUAAGUGUUGUGCUGUACUGGGUAGAGGUCAUUUUGGAAAGGUGCUGCUGGCUGAAUACAAAAACACAAAUGAGAUGUUUGCUAUUAAAGCGUUAAAGAAAGGAGACAUUGUUGCUCGUGAUGAAGUAGACAGCCUUAUGUGUGAAAAGCGAAUUUUUGAAACUGUGAAUAGUGUACGGCAUCCCUUUUUGGUGAAUCUUUUUGCUUGUUUCCAAACGAAAGAUCAUGUUUGCUUUGUAAUGGAAUAUGCUGCUGGUGGAGACCUGAUGAUGCAUAUUCAUACUGAUGUCUUUUCUGAACCAAGAGCAGUGUUUUAUGCUGCGUGUGUGGUUCUUGGACUCCAGUAUUUACAUGAGCACAAAAUAGUUUAUAGAGAUUUGAAGUUGGAUAACUUAUUGCUGGAUACAGAAGGAUUUGUGAAAAUAGCCGACUUUGGCCUUUGCAAAGAAGGAAUGGGAUUUGGAGAUAGAACAAGCACCUUCUGUGGCACUCCAGAAUUUCUUGCACCAGAAGUGUUGACAGAAACAUCCUACACAAGAGUGUGGAUGAGGGGUCUUGGUGUACUCAUCUAUGAGAUGCUAGUUGGGGAGGAAAGAAAAUCACCCUUCCCUGGAGAUGAUGAAGAAGAAGUUUUUGACAGUAUUGUAAAUGAUGAAGUAAGAUAUCCACGGUUCCUUUCUACAGAAGCCAUCUCUAUAAUGAGAAGGCUGCUACGAAGAAAUCCAGAGCGGCGCCUUGGAGCUGGUGAGAAAGAUGCUGAGGAUGUGAAAAAGCAUCACUUCUUCCGGGUAAUAGAUUGGAAUGCUUUGCUGGCUAAGAAAGUCAAGCCCCCUUUUGUACCCACCAUUAGAGGAAGAGAAGACGUUAGUAAUUUCGAUGAUGAAUUUACCUCAGAAACACCUAUUCUCACUCCACCCCGGGAACCACGGAUACUUUCAGAAGAAGAGCAGGAAACGUUCAGAGAUUUUGAUUACAUUGCUGAUUGGUGUUAAUUUCUAGACACUGUGAAAUCAUAGCUAACUGGCUCACAAGAAUGCCUCUCAGAAGAAUACCGGCCCUUCAAUUGCUCUCUGUGCCACCUGUAGCUUCUGAUUUUUAUUUACAUGAAGAUUCUUUAAUGUACUGUUUUUAAUACUCUUGUGAAGAGUGGCCUCCUUGUCAUACUUUGAUCUGAGCACUGGAAAGCAGUUUCUAUAGAGUUUUUAAGCUGAGUUGGUGAAUACAGGCCACAUUAAGCUCUCACAUGACACACUUGGAUCUGUACUGUAAUUUACUUUUCUACAGCAGAUAAUUGUAAAAUACAUGCCUUAAGUGGGGUGUGGUGGGGACAGAUUGAGCUAAAUUGAUAACCAUUUAACUUUAUUCAGACAUGUUAAAAUAGAAGUUUGGGGUGCUAUUGACAUUUAUGAGAAUAUGAUUUUAUCUGGAGAAGGCAAAUGGUCUUUUUUUAAAUUACUGUAAUGUCCAAAAGUUUAAUUUUAGACUUAUGCACACUUUCAGCUUGAGUUUUAAAAUAAUGGAAAUUAAGAACUGAUGCCUUGUUUUGUAAAUUUUCUAUGGUAUUUAUUAGAAAAAAAUGUGUUAAAUGCCUUGCCUUUGUGAGAACAGUAAAAGUGCUUCCAUAAAAACAAGACAGGUCCUGAAAGUUUACCAAAGCCACUUGCCAAACAGUUUUUGCCUUUAAGCAUGGCUUUAAAAAGGAAGAGGGGAGAGAGACUCAGCAGAUAUGAAGAAUGUAGUAAGAAUGUCUGUUCAGUCUUAUCAAUAGUGUAUGUGUUCCCAAGUCCCCACUUCUGUACUCUUGAAAUCCAAGCCUCCUUCCACUGAUUGGACAAAUCUUAAGUUAAUCAUACCAUACUUAGCUAUCUAGUUCAUCUUGUCUACUAUAUAUCAUAUCUUUAGAAAACAAAGAUUUUCAAUGUAUACAUGCUGUGAACAUGUAUAUUUGGAAGUUGUAAUGCAUUCUUAGGUGCAGGCAUGUAAUUUAAUUGUACCACUUCAUGAAUUUUGCACAGUGGCCAUGUGAACACAUCAUAGAACUCUGUUAAUAGACUAACAUUUAGAGCCACUGAAUUCCAGAACUUCGAUUGGCAAUUACUGAGGAUAAAAGCAAUAUGUUGUAACAGAAUGUAUAAAUAUUUUUGAUAAGUGUCUAUUUUAUAAACCUCAACACUAAAAACUGUACCUCAAAAGUUAAAAAAAUAGUUUAGACCGGAUACUGUGUGUGCUUUAAGCUCAGUCAUCAACCUAUUUUUGGCUGUCAGUGUUCUGUAGGUAAACAGCCAUUCUUGGAAAACCAAGUUUCCAGUGUUUUCCUUAACUCACUAAUAACAUUUAUAUUUGAUCAUGUGCUUGCUUCUUGUAGGUUCAUCCUGGUCCCUGGAGAGAAAAUUGUUUGCAAAGACUGUAAGAAGCCAAAGUCAAAUGAGUGCAGAUUGUGGAAUUACAUAUUCCAAAUAAAAUAUAUAAGAGAAACAAACCAUGUUGAUCUUCAAAGAAUGGAGUAGUGAAACUCCAAGGUGUCACUUGUGAAAAGUGAACCUUUUGUAAGUAAAUGACUGUUAUUUAGUGUUCUAACCAUCAGAAGUCUUGAACCAAGAGGCCUAUGGGAGAAAAUGGGUUGAUAAACCUGAAUAAUGUAUAAGACACUGUGCUUCCUUUUUGCCUAAAAGGAAACUAACAGAAUAUAGAAAUCAUGGUUUUAGUUUAUUAAAUGAAGGUCUUAAAGUGGGAACAAUAUAAUUAACUUGUUUCAAGAUGUUGAUUAUCUUUGAGAUGGGAAAGAAACAACUUAAAUUUAACACUAAACACUUUUGAGGUACAGUCUGUUCACCCUUUGGGCUCCCAAAUAUAUAUAUAGAAAUGUGUCUAAAAGAGGAUGCUUAGAAUUUUUAAAAGCACCCUGGGAAAUACCUUUUUGUAACUACAUCUUGUACAGAAUUAUUUUUCAUCUAAGUAAAUCACUAAAAAAAAAAAAAAUUAGGGCAGGGUAUGUUCACACAGUUAAGCUGAAAGAAAGCACUAAUUUUAUCUCUGUAGUUUUUUAAAGUUAUUUUUAGGCAGAUUAAGAUUUUAAACUAGAUUGUAAAUAUAUUUUGCUAUACUUUAUCUGUAUGUGGCUGCUCAAGCACUUUGUAAGGAAAUUAGGAUAUUUUAGAAUGGUACACUAUGCAUUAAAAUGAAAUGUGCCUUUAACAAUGUCAUUCUAAGUGUUUUGCAGUCAUUAAUAUCACAAAUUAAAGUUUAAGUAGUUUGUAACUUGUGUCCCAAAUAUGAUUUUACUGGUUGACUGUGUAGUGACUUACAUAUUUCACUUUUUUCCGCACAGAUAUCUUUCUGAAUUUGAUAUUUGUCCACCCUAAGGGAGAGGAUACUUAG